AUGAGCGAGGAAGAAAGAAGGCGUAGAGCGUUUGAGAGUGAAGUACAGCAAGCAGCAGCGAUGGUACAGAAAACUAGCUUGCAGAGUGUAAUCAGGCCCUACAAGCCCACAGAUAAGUCUGCUAUUGUCUCUCUCUUCCGCUUUGGCAUUCUGGAGCAUGUCUACCCAGCCUUCUUCAAAGCCAUGAGUCAUCCGGACCACAUCGGUGUGACCCUCAGCGUCUCCGUGGCCGGAUAUGUGCUGGGAGGGAGCUCGUGCUUCCAGGCCCUGCUCUUCGGAGGAGCUUGGGCUUGCUUGGUUUACUAUUGCUGCCAUGAGAUUUACGACAGCUACCUCAAGAGAAAGAUGGAGAUGGAAAUGGCAGAUAUUCAGGCCAACUUCUUGGAUAACCAGGUGAAUCAUUUCUGGGUGGCGGAGAUGGAGGUGAACGGGAAGUCGAAGGUGGUCGGGCUGCUGGCUGUAGUUGGUGUGAAGGGCGACGUUUCGAAGGAUGGGUGGAACGCAGACGAUGCAGCGACAGUGGAGGUGUUUCAAUUAAUCGUGUCCUUCAACCAGCGACGUAAAGGUCUGGGAACUCAGCUGGUAGAGACAGCCGUAGAGUUCUGUAAGGAGCAGGGACUUUCUCGGGUGGUCGUAGAGAUCAGCUCCCCACAGACCGCGGCCAUUUCGAUUUUCCGCAAACUGGGCUUUACUGUGACAUCCGUGCAUAGCAACACACACCCUAACCGUUUGGUCUCAAAACUGGCCAUGAUCAAUGUAAUACGAAUGGAAAAGCAUCUUUAAACUGCAAUGUUAAAUCCGUGGGUUACACUUUAUUUCAAUAGUCCGCUUUAGACAUUCUACUAACUAUAAGUAACUUUGCAACUACAUGUCAACUUUCUCUCAUUAGAGUAUGAGUACCAUCCCUUGGCAAUCAAGCCUAUUCUCACUGCAAAGACAAAGAGCAAUGCAAAUUUAAUAGAUUUAGUUCACUUUAAAAUGAAAAUUACCCCAAGAUUUUCUCACCCUCACGCCAUCCUAGGUGUAUAUGCCUUCCGUAUUCAACUUACAUAGAAAGCGUAGUGCCUCUCGCAGUUCAAAAAUGCUUACAUUAUGUCCCGCGCCUUCCAAUUUCAACUUAACAAAAAAAGCGUAACUGAGGUGACAUCAGUUACGUUUUUUUCGUAAGUUGAAUACGGAAGGCGGUCUGGCGGAAGUUAGAUAUUUUACUUUAUGACUUGUUAAAUAUUUAUAUUUUUCUUACACAAAUGCAUCGCUUCACUUCAGGAAGCAUUUAUUAAUCCCCUGGAGCCAUGUGGAGUACGUUUAUGAUGGAUGGAUGCACUUUCUUGAGCUUCAUACUCAUUGGUCCUGUUCAUUGGUGCCAUUAUAAAGCUUGGAUGCAUCAGGAUAUUUAUUAAUAUAACUCAGAUUGUGUUCAUCAGAAAGAAGAAAAUCAUAUACAUCUAGGAUGGCUUGAGCGUGAGUAAAGCUUGGGGUAAUUUGCAUUUUAAAGUGAACUAAUCCUUUAAAACUAGAUGAGUAAAGUUUGUAAACAAACUUUAAAGUUGGCUUGAGAAAGCCUGACUAGAAAGCUUGACAAAGAUUUAAAAGCAAUUUAAAACAAAUACUGUUUUUUUCUAAAGAAAAUGUUGUUUUCUUUACAUUACUAUAUGGGAUCUAUACAAACACCACAAGCAAUAAACAAUACAAAUAUCAUAGUUUGCUCUCUCGUCCAUUAGAAUUGUAAUGCAAGUAGAAGCUAAGGUGUAAAAACGUUAUAUAAACUACUUUUAGCUUUCAGGAAAGGUUGAAUCUCAUUGAUCCAGAGGAAUUUAUGCCAGCUGACCCAUAUGACCAUACUUAAGUCUUAAAAUACCACUGAAAUGCAAAACCAAAGAAAGCGGCUGGAGGUUUAACAUUCUUGCAGCAAUGACAUUGUGAGCCUAUUGUGCAGAUUGGAAUAAAGGAGCUAGUGUUUACUACUCACAUCGUUGGGAGUAAAAGCCAUGUUUAACCAGGUAA